UCCGAGCUUGUUGCCGCCAUUCCAACCGCUACUGCUCUUUCUCUCUCUCUCUCUCUCUCACAUUCCCAAAAAAAGAAAACCAAAAUAAAUAUCCUAUUUUUGCAUCGAAAUCCAAUCCCUCUCAAGAAAUCAAAUCUCACCCACCCCAAUAAAAAAAAGAGCAUUCACAGGGGUGGCCAAAUCUCCAGAUCAAUAAUUUUCAAGGAAACAGAUGGCCACCCUUCAAGAUAUUUGUGUUGCAGCUGCUAUUAAUAUUCUGUCUGCAUUUGCAUUUCUUGUGGCGUUUGCAAUAUUGCGGCUACAACCUGUCAAUGAUAGAGUUUACUUCCCAAAAUGGUAUCUCAAGGGUUUAAGAAGCAGCCCAAAGAGCUCUGUGGCUUUAGGCAGAUUCGUCAACUUGGACUUCAAAAUGUACAUGAGGUUUUUGAAUUGGAUGCCUGCUGCAUUGAAGAUGCCAGAACCUGAGCUUGUUGAACAUGCAGGGCUUGAUUCUGCUGUAUAUAUUAGGAUCUACCUUCUUGGUUUGAAAAUUCUUUUCCCUAUAACCAUUCUUACUCUUGUGGUUUUGGUACCCGUAAACUGGACUGGGAAGACACUAGAUUUAGCAAAGUUUAAGAAUCUUACAUUUAGCAAUAUCGACAAGCUUUCAAUAUCCAAUAUUCCUACAGGAUCGAAAAGGUUUUGGGCUCAUCUUGUAAUGUCGUAUGUCUGCUCAUUUUGGACAUUCUAUGUUCUUUACAAGGAAUACAAGAAAGUAGCUACUAUGAGGUUGGAAUUUUUGGCAUCUGAAUGUCGUCGUCCAGAUCAAUUCACUGUUCUCGUGAGAAAUGUUCCCCCAGAUCCGGAUGAAUCAGUCAGUGAGCACAUUGAACAUUUCUUUUGUGUAAAUCAUCCUGAUCAUUAUCUGACACAUCAAGUUGUACACAAUGCAGUUAAGCUUGCAAAAUUGGUUGAAAAGAAGAAUAGCUUUCAAAACUGGCUUGUCUACUACCAAAAUAAGUACGAGAGAAAUCCUGUGAAUAAGCCUAUUAUAAAGACAGGUUUCUGGGGACUUUGGGGAAGUAGAGUGGAUGCUAUUGACCAUUACACUGAUGAGAUUACAAAGUUGAGUGAAGAAGAAGAAGCAGAAAGAGAAAGGGUAAUUAUUGAUCCCAAGGCUAUAGUUCCAGCAGCAUUUGUUUCAUUCAAAACACGAUGGGGAGCAGCUGUCUGUGCUCAAACUCAGCAAUCAAAAGACCCUACAAUUUGGUUGACAGAUUGGGCUCCUGAGCCACGUGAUGUCUUUUGGGACAAUCUUGCGAUUCCAUAUUUUGAACUCACUAUUCGUAGAUUGCUUAUGGCUGUUGGUCUAUUUUUCCUUAUUUUCUUCUUUAUGAUACCAAUAGCGUUCGUUCAAUCUCUGGCCAACAUUGAGGGCAUUGAGAAGGUUCUUCCUUUCUUGAAGCCACUAAUAGAAAAGAAAGUUGUCAAGUCUGUAAUCCAAGGAUUUCUCCCAGGCAUUGCAUUAAAGAUAUUUCUUAUUGUACUUCCAAAAAUUCUUAUGACUAUGUCCAAAAUAGAAGGAUUUACAUCACUCUCAUCAUUGGAGAGGAGAUCUGCUCAAAAAUAUCAUCUAUUCAUACUAGUUAAUGUGUUUCUUGGAAGUGUUGUCACAGGAACAGCACUUCAGCAACUUCAUCAGUUUAUUGACGCCCCUGCUGGAGAGUUUGCCAAAACCAUUGGUAUGUCUGUCCCAAUGAAAGCGACAUUCUUCAUCACCUAUAUAAUGGUCGAUGGAUGGGCUGGGAUUGCUGCAGAGAUCCUCAGAAUGGUUCCAUUAGUUAUAUUCCACCUUAAGAACACAUUUUUGGUUAAGACAGAGCGAGAUAGGGAGCAGGCAAUGGAUCCUGGUUUUUUGAGCUUUGCUACUUCUGAACCUCGGAUACAGUUGUAUAUCUUGCUGGGGCUUGUUUAUUCUGUCAUCACACCCGUACUUCUUCCAUUCAUAGUUGCCUUCUUUGCCUUUUCCUUUUUGAUAUUCCGUCAUCAGAUUAUCAAUGUGUAUGACCAGAAGUAUGAAAGUGGGGCAUCCUUUUGGCCAGAUGUUCAUCGGCGCAUAAUUAUUGGCUUGAUAAUAGCUCAAAUUAUUCAUAUGGGAUUGUUGGGUGCUUCAGGUGCUGACAAAUCGACAACACCAUGUCUCAUUGCACAGCCGAUUUUGACACUCUGGUUUCAUAGAUUUUGCAAGGGGCAUUUUGAAUCUGCUUUUGUGAGAUUUCCAUUGCAGGAGGCCAUGGUGAAGGAUACACUUGAAAGGGCUACUGAACCAAACCUGAACCUGAAAACCUAUCUUCAGGAUGCUUACAUACACCCAGUUUUCAAGGGCAGCAAGUUGGAUAUACCAGUAGCCAUUGAUGAAGAAGAGAACAAUCCACUUGUUCCUACAAAGAGGACUUCUCGUCAGAGUAGUAUUCACAGUUUUGAUGUACAUGAUAAAAGUCACUCCUCAUGAAUGCUCAUAAAGUGCGAAGUGACAGACAACUUUAUAGAAAGCACAGUGGUAUUGCCUCUUGAGAAUUCCGCUUUGUUUUUACCAGGGAAAUUAUUUGCUGGCUUGAAUUAUUGUUUCUUCCAAGAAACCUGUGUGUAAGAACUAAGAAGACUGUUUGAGGUUGUGCAAUCUCUCAAUUGGCAUUCUGGUGGAAUAGAAAGAGUAAUUUGCAUCCAUUUUUAAAUUUCAAUCAGAUUUGGGGAACUUUUUGGAUUGCCAGGAAAUGAAAUAUGCAGAUGCACAUGACAUGGAGGGCCUAAAGAAAACUUUGUUCAGUGUACAUCAAAGCAGCUUGGGGGUCUUUUAAGGUCAUUGUGCACAAACAAAUGGAAACCUCAGAUUUUUCUACUCUCUUUCUAUAGAUCACUCGUCUUUUGCCAAACUCAUGUCUGCAAUUCUUACAUUAAGUGAUGUCUUUAAUUUAGAAUGUGAAGCAUGUCAGUUUCCAUAGCUCUUUUUCAACUUGUGGUCAUGGUCAUCAGUCUCGAUCCUUCAAUGUUGACACACAGACAUAUAUGUUCAUUCCCACUCUUCUAUGUUGAGUUUCCUUAUUUUUAUUAUAUUUGUUGACAAUUAUUUUCAAAUGACACGUUUGUUUUUAUUGA